AUGGCGAUGUUCACUCAGGCAGACCUUGAUCAGUGCAUCGCUGCUGCUCUCGCAGCAUACCAAAAGGCCGAGGACCUCAGACACUUUAUCCAAUGCGUCCUCUCCUACUUUGUCACUACCAACAACACCGCACUCAGCGAUGAAGCCAAGAUCGCCUUCACUGUAGCACUAAUGAGGAAGGACCUGGGGAAGAUGUGGGUAGAUGUGUACUACGAAAAGUCGGCAGGGGGAACCCAGAAGGACAAGAAGACUGCGCUCUCCCUUGGCGACUACAUCACCCAUUUCGAACAGCUAGCACAGAAGGCUCAGCUCAAGGACACCGAGGUCAAUGGAACCACUCACGUCAAAAAUAACUACCACACUCUCCACACCAACUUCAUCAGGGGGCUUCCUAAUGAGCUCUACCUCUCCCUCACAACAAGGGUCGCCAGAGACCGACCCAAAACCAUGAAGGAUUGGUAUGACAAAAUCCGAAACACCAAUACAGUCAAGAAAGGAGCCCUUCUCAUCACUGACACCAGGGACUACGGCAAACCAAUGGAUAUCGACGCUGCCACCAUUGCAUCAACCUUCACUUCCACUUUGGGAGGAAGAAAGUGGGAACUAGGAGCCGUUCUCAAUGAGGCCGAUUGGAAGCUCCACAGGGAUGGAAACCUGUGCUUCUACUGCCACAUCAAGGGCCACAGUGCCAAGGACUGCCACAAGAAAGCGGCUGCAUGA